UAGCUUUUCCGCCUACACAAUUGACAUUACACUACCCUAGUCUAAACUUAAGGCACAAACUUCCCUUUUCCCACGCUUUCUCAGCAAACAAACAGCUUCCAGUUUCAGUUUCCACCCCCGCCGUCCAUCGAGAAUCCAAUCCGACACAAUAUGACCUCUCUCCAUGCCUCUCUCAAGACCCCGAUUUUCCCGCCGACCAAUCUCCUCCGCCGCCAAGGGCGAGAAUGCUCACUCGUCGGAAUCAAGGUCCGGAAAUCUUCUCCGACGCCGAUAGCCUGCCUCGGUGUCGGAGUGGAAGCACCGGACAGCGCGGCGGAGAAAUUAGGGAUUCCGAAGAGCAAGGAGGUGAUGGAGGCGGAGGCAAAGGUCCUGGUCGGGACCUACGCGAGAGCGCCGGUGGUGCUGGAGAGUGGCAAUGGCUGUAAAUUGGUCGAUGUUGAGGGUCGAGAAUAUCUCGACAUGAGCUCCGGCAUCGCCGUCAACGCGCUCGGCCAUGGCGAUGAGGACUGGCUCAGGGCUGUGGUUCAGAAGGCCGCCACUCUCACUCAUGUCAGCAAUAUCUACUAUUCGAUCCCUCAGGUGGAGCUUGCAAAGAGUCUAGUGGCGAGUUCAUUUGCUGAUCGUGUUUUCUUUACCAAUUCGGGAACCGAAGCAAAUGAAGCCGCUAUAAAGUUUGCAAGAAAGUUUCAAAGACAUUCACAUCCCGACACGAAAGAGCCUGCUACGGAGUUCGUAUCUUUCACAAACAGUUUCCAUGGAAGAACCAUGGGUGCUCUUGCCUUGACAAGCAAAGAGAAUUACAGGACACCCUUUCAACCUGUCAUGCCCGGAGUUACAUUCGUUGAGUAUGGAAAUAUAGAAGCCACAAAGGAGUUGAUUCGGCCUGGUAAAACUGCAGCGGUUUUCGUCGAGCCCAUUCAAGGUGAAGGAGGCAUAUACAGCGCUACGAAGGAGUUUUUGCAAUUUCUGCGCCGUGCUUGUGAUGAUGCCGGGGCUCUUUUGGUGUUUGAUGAGGUACAAUGUGGUUUAGGCCGAACGGGGUAUUUGUGGGCCCACGAGGCUUAUGGUGUGUUUCCAGAUAUGAUGACACUGGCCAAGCCUCUAGCUGGAGGAUUACCAAUUGGAGCUGUUCUGUUAACUGAGAGAGUUGCUUCUUCAAUAGCUUAUGGUGACCAUGGAAGUACUUUUGCCGGUUCACCCCUAGUUUGUAGUGCGGCCCUUGCAGUUCUAGAGAAAAUCUGGAACCCUAAUUUCCUAAGCAGCGUUUCCCGGAAAGGUCUCUACUUGAAGGACAUCUUAGAGAAAAAGCUGGGGAAGAACCCGCACGUGAAAGAUAUACGUGGACUCGGAUUAAUCAUGGGGAUUGAGUUGGAUGUCUCAGCCUCACCCCUUGUUGACGCGUGCCGAAAUGCUGGGCUUUUAGUUUUAACUGCCGGAAAAGGCAAUGUCGUGAGGCUCGUGCCACCAUUGAUCAUAACGGAGCAGGAGCUUGAUCGUGCAACCGAGAUUUUGUGCCAAGCAUUGCCCAUUCUUGAUGAAAAUAGUUCAAACUAGAUUCCCAGACCUAUGAUGGCCAUGUUUUGGUUGCAUGUCAUUGAUUUAAUAAGCAUGGACACCCCUUUUUUUCUUGUUGGGUUUUCCCUUCAUUUAGGUACAAUUUUAGUUGUAAUGUGCUUAUACUCCUUAAUGUUUGUUCUGCUUUCUAUAUAUCCAGUAAGGGGAAAAGAAAGUGUCUCCACAAAAAGUAAUCGGAGAUCUUCACUAAAUAUCAAACAUUAUUUUAAUAGAAUACUAACCAAUU